CACACACACACUCUCUCUAGCUUGACCUGUGUGUGUGUGUGUGUGUGUGUGUGUGUGUGUCUCUGCCGGCGCUGGAUGUCUGCAGCACAGAGCCGCUCAGCUCAGCGGGGCUCCCCCACACACAGCAGACGCGGAGCCGGGAUGAGCUGCGCCUCUCGUCGCUGCCUUUUGUCCGAAAGCUCCGGGAGCUUCGAUCCGAGAUUUCGGGCUGGAACCGUGGAAACAAAAAUAACACACACACACACACUUAUGUUACGUUCACACAAGAAGAAGAACCGACUUCCACUCCGGAGGUGAAUGCACGGAAAGUAACGCACGGGUGAGAGUGGAGAGAAAGUGAAUUUGGAGCGUUUUGGAGGCGCUUUUUGUUGGAGGCGCUCGGCUCUUUGUGCUGCGGGCUGCAGCUUUUUCCUCUUGGGUAGAAAGGCUUCCAAGAUAGAUUCCCUCAGGAGUAAAGUGGACUUGCUGCGCCUCCCUCUGGCCCUCUCCGCCAAGUCCAUCAGCGAUCGAAAGAGCCAGCUGGGCGUGGUGUGGGAGAAGGGCGGCGGCUCGGGGGCAGGAGGGCCCAGGAAACCCCGCCCACCGCCGGCCUCCGACAUGGACAACGAAUCGACGUACUCGGGCUACUCCUACAAGUCGUCCCACUCGCGGAGCUCCCGAAAACACAGGGAGAGGAGGGACAGACAUCGCUCGAAGGGUCGUGACCUCAGCAUCCGUGGAGAUAAAUCUGUGACCAUCCAGGCUCCUGCAGAGUCGUUGCUAGACGCCGAGUCCACCAGAGGAGACGACAGGGAUGAUAACUGGGGCGAGACCACCACGGUGGUCACCGGCACCUCUGUGGACAGCGUCUCCAACGAGGACUUGACACGGAUCUCUAAAGACCUUGAGGACUCCUCGCCCCUCGAGUGCCGGCGUUACCUCGGCCCAGCGUUGGGCGCUGUCCUGGGACUCUUUGCUCUGGUCACUCCUCUGGCCUUCCUGGCGCUCCCACAACUGCUGUGGCGGGACACGUUGGAACCUUGUGGCACACCAUGUGAGGGCCUCUACAUUUCUCUGGCCUUCAAGCUCCUGAUCCUCCUCAUCUCCACCUGGGCACUGUUUCUCCGCCCACCCAGAGCCACUCUGCCACGCUUCUUCAUCUUCCGUUGUCUGCUGCUGGCAUUGGUCUUCCUCUUCGUGGCGUCUUAUUGGCUCUUCUAUGGGGUGCGGGUGCUGGAGCCCAGGGAGACGGACUACAGAGGGAUUGUGGGAUAUGCGGCAUCUCUGGUGGACGCUCUGCUGUUCAUCCAGUACCUGACCUUGGUGCUGCUGGAGGUCAGACAUCUGCAGCCUGCUUUCUGUCUGAAGGUUGUGAGGACGACGGAUGGAGCUAGCCACUUCUACAACGUGGGUUAUCUCAGUAUUCAACGGGCGGCAGUGUGGGUUCUGGAUCAGUAUUACAGUGACUUCCCGGUCUAUAACCCAGCCCUGCUCAAUCUGCCGAAGUCCAUCCUCUCCAAGAAGAUGUCUGCCUUCAAGGUCUACAACCUGGGGGAAGAGAACAGCACCAAUAACACUACGGGCCAGUCCAGAACCAUGAUCGCAGCAGCUCCCCGGAGAAGAGACAACUCCCACAAUGAGUACUACUACGAGGAGGCAGAGGUGGAGCGCAGGGUCCGCAAACGCAAGGCCAGACUGGUGGUGGCAGUGGAAGAAGCCUUCACCCACAUUAAGCGUCACCAGGACGAAGAGGCGGCCGCAUCCUCCCCCAAACACCCGAGGGAGGUGAUGGAUCCCAGGGAAGCAGCCCAAGCUAUCUUUGCCCCCAUGGCGCGGGCAAUGCAGAAGUACCUCCGCGCCACCAGGCAGCAGUCCUACCACAGCAUGGAGAGCAUCAUUAACCAUCUGCAGUUCUGCAUCACACACAACAUGACCCCUAAGGCUUUUCUUGAGCGUUACCUCAGCCCAGGUCCCACCCUCCAGUACCUGGACACCAGCAGGGGGCGCCAGUGGACACUAGUAAGUGAAGAGCCAGUAACCUCUGCCCUGCGACAGGGCCAGGUCUUCUCCCUGAGGCGCCUUGACUUCUCCCUGGUUGUCACAGUGACACCACUCCCCUUCCUACGCGUGGGAGAGGAGUUCAUCGACCCCAAAAGUCACAAGUUUGUAAUGAAGCUCCAAUCAGAGACGUCUGUGUAGGAGGAGGGAGAUGAAUAAUGCACGGCAGGAUGGUGACGAAUCCAAGAAGCUAAACUUUGUGCUUUCAGGGUAUCUUUCAUUUCAUUUAUUUUCCUAUUGAAUAGUUGUUUUUCCUGAUUUUUGCUUGAUAAGUAUGUAAGUGUGACAAAUAUGCAAACCAGACAUGGUUAAAGUAUCAUGAACCUACUUACUAGACAUAUGUCUACAACCAGCUGUGUCUGGCAUUCCAGUAGAGUUGAACUACUUCUUUCUAAGGUUUUCAAAUGAUCCAAUGGUUCCCCACUGUGUCUUAUUACCUUUUAGCCUCAAGAAGGAAAAAUUCCUUCUGACUGGCCUUCUUUUUAUUUUUCUCACCUUUCGGACAUUGACUGGAUUCACUGACUAAGUCAAAGGGAGAUGAACCUACGUUUGAACUGCUCCCUCCCUUCCUGAAUCCACUGAAUAGUUUACCAAAAAGUGGACAUGCAGACUUUCCACUGAAAGUAUGAAGUAUGAAACACUGGAUGGACUUAAUGCACUGAGUGAAAAACCUUUGUACUAUUUCCUGCUCAGGUUUUGCGGAGUAACUUCUCAUUUUCUGGAGUUUCAUCUACAGAUUUUCUUUGUGUGUGGCCUACACUCCUACACUGUCCAAUAUAACUUUCUAAGCACAAUGUAGGCACAGUGUUGGACCAGUUUUAGGUCCAGUAACACUGGUAGUGGAUGAUGUUUCCCCCUGUACAAGAGGUUUAAACUGGACUUGGACAGUGCCGAGCACCACCAAUAUGCUUCUUUUUGGCAGCUUUGUGUUAAUUAGUCUUUCUUUGAUAUUCUGAAUGUGUAGAUUUGUGUAUGUGGUUGAGCAUGGCUGGAUCACCAGCAGCUGGACAAAAUAAUUUUCACCACUAACGUACAAUAUAAAUCAAGGUCUCUCAUUACCUAACCUUGUGGCCUUGUCUUGUCGAGGUGCCUUGUGUUCAAAUCUGAUUUUAAAAGAGAACACCAUGGAUUUAGCAUUGCACUUCUAAAACAUUGUCGCACUAGUGAUGGACAGUGAAGAAAAGAUUGUCUUUUUUAAUUCCAUACUCUCUUCAUCCUGGUUUAAAAAAAAAAUAAUAAUAACUACAUUGCCCACAAUGCAACUUGAUGGCCGUCUGUUCAGUCAGAGAUUUCUGUGUUCUGUGUGUAGCUGUAAGCGGGCUACAGAGGUAUGGUAACUUCACCUCUUUCAUACUCCAUAUCCCCAGAUUUGUAGUCUUCAGCCUCAACCGACACUGACUCAAGUUACAUCAAACGAGGUAUUUUAUGAAAUCAAUAGACAAUAGGUGUCGGUUAGCUCAGUCGGUAGAGCAUCCGACCCAUGUACGAAGGCUCAGUCUUUGCCUCAGUGGCCAAGGGUUUGAAUCUGACCUGCGGCCCUUUGCUGCAUGGCAUUCCCCAUCUCUCUCUUUCCACACAUUCCUGUCACAAGGCCAAAAAAUAUGUGUAUUGUAUCUUUAAAAAACAAAACAACAAAACAAUCAUAUAAUUUUUACGUAUGACAAGAGACCUGUAAACAGCAAAAUCAGGGCACUUGCCCUUUUUAGUUUCUUUUUUAUUCCUGAAAGUGCUUCAAGGUAACUGACAGUCAAAGAUGUUUGGUUUAUUAUCCAGUAUGGAAAGCCAACAUAUAUUUACAUUUAUGAAGUCAUCAAAUCGCUGAUUAGUACUAGUUGGUGUCUGAGAUGAAUAAUGAAGCUGCCCUAUAUAUACAUCCCCCCCCACCCCCAGUAAAUUAAUCCAACCAUGGAUUGAGACGUGUGCACAUCUUUUGUUACUCUUUCCCUUUUUACACUACAGAUUGUCGUGCCACUGACGAGCAGCGUGUAGACUUUGAUGCAGUUUUCUACGGUUGUAGUUUUUCCUGUUUUGUUUUUCAAUGGAUCACUUUGUUAUACUCACUCUAAGCUCCUAACACUUGUAUCUGAAGAAUACUGUCUUUAAAAGCAAGGUUGUUUUUUUUACUGUUGCACUGUGUUUUUUAGGACUGAGUUGAUAUAAAAUGUCUUACAUUCUGUAAAAUGUCUAGUAAAUGAGUUAAUCUAAUAUUUCUGUCC